ACGGCACAGCACGUCUGAGGGAGGGAUUGAAAUAGACGUAUUUUGUGCAUUGACGUGUACAAAGUGCAGACUGCUCAUUGUGAAUAAAUGGACAUCGGAAAACGGUUGUGCUUUCGUGGAUUAUUAUCACCGAGGACUUAACAAUAAUUGUUACAGUUUAUACAUCACCUGUGCCUUCAUACCCUUUCAUCCCGGAGGGGAAUUUCUUGAAUUGGAAUUAUAUCCGCUGAUGAGAAAUUCUUCAAUCAAUGGCUUCUGUUCCAGAAGGGUUGAGACGAUUUCUUCGGUCGGUUUUCGGGAAGAAUCCCCAGCGAGCCAGGAUCACCAUGCCAACUCCCAAGGCAUUACCCCUGCACAAAGUGAUAAUGGUGGGCAGCGGAGGGGUGGGCAAGUCGGCCCUGACGUUGCAGUUCAUGUACGACGAGUUUGUUGAGGACUACGAGCCGACCAAGGCCGACAGCUAUCGCAAGAAGAUCACGCUGGAUGGUGAGGAAGUCCAGAUUGACAUCCUGGACACGGCGGGCCAGGAAGACUACGCAGCCAUCCGCGACAACUACUUCCGCUCAGGGGAAGGGUUCCUGUGCGUCUUCAGCAUCACCGAGCAGGAGUCGUUCGCAACCACUACAGAAUUCAGGGAACAGAUUUUGAGAGUGAAGUGCGACCGGACAGAAGAUAUGAUCCCCUUUCUUUUGGUUGGCAACAAAGCGGACCUGGCUGACAAGAGGCAGGUGAGCCCAGAGGAGGCAGGGAACCGGGCGACGGCUUGGAAGGUUCCCUAUGUCGAGACCUCGGCCAAAACAAGGGAAAAUGUCGAUAAGGCUUUUUAUGAUCUCAUGCGAAAGAUUCGGGAGCAGAAGGCCCGGGAGAACCAGAAGCAGAACGGCAAGGGCAAGACAACGCCAUCCGGCGGACGGAGCAAGCGGAAAUGCGUCAUCCUGUGAAACCAUAGUCUGUCAUGUGUGUGUGUGUCUUUGUCUGUUGGGUUUCUUAUCGUUCUCCGUGGGGUCAGGUCGGACCUGCACGCCUUGUGGCUGCCUGUGGACGGAUUGCACAUGACCAGAGCAGCCAUAGUGUGUAGCGUUGCCAAGCCUCUUUGUAAUACCCAGUGUAACACCAGCCCAUCACAGCCAUGUCAUCUUUGAGUGGCUGCUUUGUACAGGUUUUACUUUGGAACAUCUCAUGUAAAUAGACAGUGACGUAAAUCUGGGGGUCACAUGAUUUCAUUCUCCCUCUCCAUAAAAAAAAGUUGUGCAUUUUUAUUUGAAGGAAAUGCAAACUUCGCUUGGAUGCGAUACUUAAAUCGCAUCCCCCCUCGCAUUGUACAAACUAAUAUUACAUUCUAAGGUGUCGAAACAUAAAGGAUGACACAUGCGACGCAUGUGUCACAUGUAACACAUAUUGAGCAUGUCGAAUCUGUCAAGGACAUACAGUAAUGGAAAGUGAAAUCGCUGCAGUUGUAAAAAAGUGGCUAUAGUUGUGUCCGACGCAGACUUCUUGAGUAGUGCUGUUUGCACGUGCUUUCGCAACUGUUGAAGACCUAGACCUAGCAAUGCAUUCAAGAUUCAGGCGUAGCCUGUGUGCCCAUUGACACAGACCUGUGAUAACUGAGAGUGGCGGUCCGAACGGUAGACUGCAUAAUUUUUUUACGUGUACGCGCAAGGCGGAAACCGCUUGGCAUGCUAAGCACUGACUUUCCGCAAUAUGAAUGGCACCCCCACAGGAAGAGUGGAGGAUGUAAUGAGGGACAGCAUUCAACCAUGCCAGUCGAUCUGUGACGUCAUACCUAACAAGACGGUUGAUUGGCCAGAAUGCACUGUCUCAGUGUGACAUCUUUGAAAAAAAAUUCACUGAGCUUUAGAAUCACAGCAGUUUGCCAACCUGUCGUGUGGUAUAUUGCAGUCAGUGUGACCAAUUCCAUAGGAGCCGCUAUGUUCAAUUUUUUAUAACACUGCAUUUUCAUUUUCACUUGCUGUGUAAUUUGGCCUUUACAUGCAAUGCAUUUAGGCAGCACAGAACUUAUUAUAUAUUUUGUCAAUCAAAAGCUGGAAUGCAUUUCUAUUUUUCAAAGUCCUGUAUCCAUCAAACUCAAUCAAAACAGGGUGUUAGAUUCUGUCAGAUGAAGGAAGUUGAGGUUCAGUUGUAAGAAAGACCACUGCUCAUCUAAAAAUUGAAAACAAGCACACUUCUGUUUUUUGUGUUCCAACUUGAUAGUCCACGAUUUAGAACUGAAAGAGUAUUGACUUCCAAGCGUUCUCUUACGUAUCAGUUCAAUUCAGGUAUUUUCGAUACAGGAUCAGAAAUUACCUUGGGAGGCUUUUAAAGCAUAUUUUGAAAACAUUUGCAAAAGCUUUUGUUGAACAGUGCACCUAGUUAAUCUCCAAGAUAAACAGGUUGAGGCCCAUACAGAUGCAUUGUAAGUUACUUGGAUUGCCUCAAGUUGUAGUGUACAGUGUCCAUGUAAGACUGGAAAGGCAUUUGAAAUAUCAGACCACGUGACAUCUUAUUUGGGAUCAGUUUCAACAUGCUGUAGAGCUUGUCACUGACUCAGAAAUGUCAAGAACUAAAAGAUAAAGUGAGCUUCAGCCGAGAGCUGGGGCUGCUGCAGAAUUUGCUUUAGCAGAAAGAAUUUGCUUUAGCAGAAAUCAGGUUGCCAGCCUAACUGCUAUGCCAGGAACAUAUAUAUUGUCAGGGACUGCACGGUACUCUGCAGAUUUUUUAUGAGAACAUAAAUUUGCCAGUUAUUCACUUCUGCCGAGCUCCAUAAAGUAGGGCCCAGGCUUUCUGGCUGAAGCUCACAGUAGACACAUAUGUUCUGUGAUAUUUAACCAAAUAAAGGGCAAAAAUCUGAAAAAAGGAACAGAUGAACAGAAGACACCUGUUAACCUUUGAAAUAUACCAUUGAAAUGACUGGCAUGUUAAAUGUUGACAUGUGGCCCUACCACAAAAUGGCUUAUAAAGUAAAAGAAAAUUGGCAAGAAAAAUAUGCAGAUGUAAUGGAACUCAACACAAGUUGUAAAACCGUAGCCAAAAAGUUGCCGUGCAUCAAAUUCAUAAAUAGCCUGGAAAUGAUUUGUAAUUAUUUUAGUGUAUACGUACAUGUAUAUUUUUUGGUUUGCAGUAUAUUUGUGGAUCAGUUCUCCUUGUUUGAGAUCCUUCACACUGUCACCCAAGUUUUUUCCCUGUUGUUUCUUGAGGGAAAUACACUAACCAAGAAUAUUAAAUUCUGUUCUUAUUGUGCAUGUCAAUUGCAUGGUUUUCAUCUGUCAUUGUUGCAGAUGUUCUCAUGUGCAGGUUCCCAUUUUAUAUCCCAUCUUUUCUGAUGCAAACCUGUGUUGAAUGGGAAAAAAGUAGUCAGGAGGCCUGCUUUGUUUGUUGGUGGCUUAUGAAGUCAGGGUACCCAGACAAAGAUGGCCGCCACGUUUGCAGCCCUCACCCUUUAGCUGAUGUAAUCUGAAACUUUUAAAGUGGACAUAUAUGACUAGUAUAUGUUCAUCUCUUGCUGUAUUUGGUUUGAAAACAUUUUUGGGAGAGCAUCUUUGACUUUUGCUACUUUUACAAAUCAAAUUGUCAGUCACGUAGAUUAUCUCUUCAGGUCAGUUUCUGUUUUUUUUUCCCGUUCAAGUAAUGUCAGCUUUGCAUCUGAAUUUCAUUCAUUGUAUCCCUAACUAAUUUUGCGCUUAAAUCAGAUUGGCUUUGGUAUGAGCUGUAUGGCUUCUGCUAAUUUACAGCUUCAAUCACAACACUACUGACUUUCCAUAAUCUUUUAUGGUCUGUGCUUGUGGUUUGUGCAAUACAAUGGAUCAAUGUGCUACUGUAAAUUGUGUAGAAAUCUCUGCUUCACAUUUUUUCUGAGGUUUCAAUUCUUCAAAUGUUUGCAGGAUCAAGUCCUGGACCUUGAAUUUCAAUUUGUCAGAGAUGUCAUUGCAUUUUUUUUCUGUCAGCCUUAAACGUCAAUUCUUUAUUUUGAAUCAAGGAGUAAGUCACUCGCAACUUUGAAAUGGUUGUUCAUGAGGCCACCUCCUAUUGUGGCAAAAAACAACACCUAUAUAAAUGUAUGAAGCCACAAGCUUCUGUACAUGUUCCUCAGUAUAUAAGGCAAGCAUAAAUUUCCACAGAAAGGGUUAAUUUCACGGCUCACUCAGAAGCCUGCUUAAAUGUCCGAAUGUUUCUUUCUUGCGGUGUAAGUCUAAACGUAGUUUCAAGUUUUGUCUCUUGUUUGCUCAGUUUUGGGGAGAAUAAGCAUGUAGAAUCUUGUGUACAUUUGAAAAGACGUAACUCUCGUAUUGAGGAAUCACUAAAAUCAUUUAAUCAAGCUGUUCAUUCAUAACAAUCACCCAGCGUCUGUGUCAGUUUUUUUUUUAAAUGUACUUGUAUUAACAUAAUGUAUCUAUAUAUUUGAUUGUAUUUGCAUGAUUUGGCACAAACUGCACACUGUGCUCUUAUUUAUAUGAUUAAGCUUAUUUUCAUGCUACUUUUUUUCCUGAUACUGUACAUUCAUAAGGCAUCUCCAGAAGAAAAGUUCAACAGGAAAUAGAACUUUGGGCUUGCCUGUGUACAGUGAUUAUUGCCCUCUUUUGAAUUCUCUUGAGACAAAGUUGUCCUUGUCUUGCAGAUGAUGUUGCAAUGUUGGAGGAUAUACAGUCUGUAGAAAUACCAAGCAAUCCCAAGUCUUUUUAUUCUGUUUUUUUCCUUUAUUGCUGAUUCUAUAUGGCAUAACUGAAAAAUAUUGACUUUGAGACAUGACAGUUCUUUGCCUUGUACAAAUUUAGUGAUAUUUCAAGACUGGCAAACACACAUGAAUUAGAAUAAUAAUGUGCAAAGCCCUGUUACCAAUGCCCGAGGUUUUUGCUAGAAAAAUGGGGUCCAAUUAUUUUCGUGGCCCUGUCACAUUAGUCCUGGUUCCAAGACCUUCCAGUUUUUCCACGACAUGAACCAUCACACGUACUGUACAUGUACAUACAUGUACAUGUAUUGUACAGGGCGCUAUCACCUCCCGAAUCGUUAUAACUUCCUGUGAUAACGAUUUGCGUGAUGAUGGCGCCCUCUAACAGUAUACGUGUGCUACUGGAAGGUCUUGGAACCAAGGCUACUGUCACAUCAGACAAAUGAUUUUGCAAGUUCAGAACACAAGUUUUGAUUUCCCAGAGUGAUGAAGUUAUACAAGUUACCCACCACACAAAUAUAGUUUGAAAUCACUUUCAGUGAUAUGUCCAAGUCAAAUUGCGCAAGACAGUUAUAACAAGGACACCCAAGAGUCACAUUUCUGUACCCUUUCCCCCCAUUUAUAGAAUGACCCCUGUGGCCUCACAGGUAUCGAUUGUGGUUGUAUUUAGGGCAUUCCUAGUUUGUAACAGUACAAAUGGCCCAGCCAUUGAUCUUUUGUUGUGUGAUGCUGCAACUGUGCCAGUGUGUUUAUGGUACAAAUACCCUCACAUUAUAAUUGACAGGAUGCGGAACCCUGGUUGAACUCUUUUCCUUAAUGGGAUUUUUCACUGACCCAUGUCUGUGGAUUAAAGAAAGAUUAUAUAUUUAUGCUGAAGGCUAGUCUGCUAGUCUAUGAACUUCAGCGCCUGGAAUGUUCUCUUUUCUAAAUCCAUUAACUACCGGUUACAUGCCGAGAUUAAUCCUUACCUUUGUGUACUGUCUGAAGUCGUUCCUAAAAUUUGUCGAGGCCGUUGUAUGAUUUUGAAGUCUUGAUUAUACUUGUAUGUACAUUAUGAGACAUUUUAUAUGAUUUGCACCUGUAAAACCAGUUUUGGUAAAUACAUAUAUAGCUACUGUACACUGAAAGUUUACAGGUGGCUGUUAACGGGUUAAAGGAGUAGUUAGGAUAUUUAUGUGAUUUACGGGCAUCUAGAACCUGGUUAGCAUCACCUUAUACUGGGUUUAUCCCAUUGUAAUUGUAUAAACGUGGAAAUAUUGCCUUUCCCUAGCAAUUGUAGGCCAGAAUAAAGUAGCAUUGUAUUGAUACUUCAAACACUAAUUGCAGUGUGCUGAUUUUCUUGCAGUUUCUAAUAACAAAUUUAUGAAGCAA